GGGAACCGGUGGCCUGUGCAUCCAGGGCCUUGACAAAAUCUGAGGACGAAGAUGCAGAGUGAAUGGGAGGGAACAUGCUGCCCAUGGUGUCCUAUAAAAGUUCACCUUCCACCUCUGCUCGCCCUCAGUGCGUCUCCGCUACAGACGGACAACAUGGGGAAAGGUUUCUACAUCAGUAAAGCUGUUGGGGUGCUGGGGGUCAUCCUGGGUGCAGGGGCCCUGGCAACAAUCAUAGCUCUGUCUGUCGUCUACUCGCAGGAAAAGGCUAAAAAUAACAGCGAUCAGGUUUUACCGACGGAAGGCCCGACGACAUCCAAACCCACUGUACCGACGCCCGCCCCCUCCAACGAAGCUUGGGACAAGUACCGACUCCCCAAGAGCCUGGUGCCGGACCACUACAACGUGACCCUGUGGCCCCGACUGACUAAAGACCCGACGACCAGCCUCUUCAUCUUCACUGGUGAGUCCAGCGUGCAGUUCAAGUGCGACGAGGACACCGACCUGAUUCUCAUCCACUCCAAUAAGCUGAACUACACCAAACUCGAGAACGGCCAAUGGGCGAGGCUCACCGCAGUCAACAGCGGGCUCAAGGCCCCGGCGAUCAAGUCUUCGCGGCUGCAGCACACGACUCAGUACCUGGUCCUGCAGCUGGAUGGUAAACUAAUGAAGGACCACAGCUACCACCUGUACACCAACUUCACCGGAGAGCUGGCUGAUGACCUGGGAGGCUUCUACAGGAGUGAAUACAUGGAGAAUGGCGAGCGCAAGGUUGUUGCGACCACUCAGAUGCAGCCGACAGACGCCAGGAAGGCUUUCCCCUGUUUUGACGAGCCGGCUAUGAAAGCUGUUUUCUACAUCACUCUGAUCCACGACCAUGGAACUGUUGCCUUGUCCAACGGUGCAGAAAAAGAAUCAAGCAGCGUCAACAUUCACGGCAAGAAUCUGCAGCAGACAGUUUUUGAGCCGACGGAGAAAAUGUCCACCUACCUGCUGGCCUUCAUCGUCAGCGAGUUCACCUUCAUCAACAACACUGUUGAUGAUGUUUCGAUCCGUAUCUUCGCCCGGAAGCCUGCUAUCGAUGCAGGGCAAGGAGCGUACGCCCUCAGCAAAACUGGACCCAUCCUUAAGUUCUUUGAGAAAUAUUACAAUUCCAGCUACCCUCUGCCCAAAUCUGAUCAGAUCGCUCUGCCCGACUUUAACGCUGGAGCCAUGGAGAACUGGGGUCUGAUCACGUACAGAGAGACAGCGCUGCUCUACGACGAAACAUUCUCCUCCAACUCCAACAAGGAGAGGAUUGCUACCAUCAUCUCUCAUGAACUGGCUCACAUGUGGUUCGGUAAUCUGGUGACCCUGCGGUGGUGGAACGACCUGUGGCUGAAUGAAGGCUUUGCAUCUUAUGUUGAGUACCUGGGAGCGAACGAGGCUGAACCGGACUGGAAUAUAAAAGACCUCAUCGUGCUCAACGAUGUCCACAGGGUGUUUGCCGUCGAUGCUCUGGCCUCCUCUCACCCGCUGUCGUCUAAGGAGGACGACAUCCAGAGACCAGAGCAGAUCAGCGAGCUGUUUGAUGCCAUCUCAUACAGCAAGGGAGCUUCUGUUCUGAGAAUGUUGUCGGACUUCCUCACCGAAGAAAUCUUUGUAAUGGGACUCAGGACCUACCUGAAAAAAUUUGCAUUUGGGAAUGCAGUUUACACCGACCUGUGGGAACAUUUGCAAAUGGCCGUUAACGCCAGUGGCACUGACCUGCCUGGAAGUGUCCAUGACAUCAUGAACACCUGGGUGCUGCAGAUGGGAUUCCCUGUGGUCACAAUAAACACCACCACUGGGGACAUUUCCCAGAAACACUUUCUCCUGGAUCCAGACUCUAACGUCACAGCUCUGUCUCCCUUCAAUUACGAAUGGAUUGUUCCCAUCAAGUGGACUAAGACUGGAGCACCCCAGGUACCUUACUGGCUGACGCAAAAAUCAGCAACUAAUGAAUCGAUGAAGACAACAGGAAGCGACUGGGUGCUGGCCAACAUCAACGUCGUGGGUUACUACAGAGUCAACUAUGACGACAGCAACUGGGACAAACUGCUCAAUGUUCUGAGCACCAAUCAUUCGCUUAUUGAAGUAAUCAACAGAGCUCAGCUGGUGGAUGAUGCUUUCAACCUGGCCAGAGCAAAGAUCAUCCCGACAGUUCGCGCCCUCAGUACGACCAGGUACCUGAACAAAGAGACAGACUACAUGCCCUGGGACUCGGCUCUGGGAAACCUGAACUUCUUCUACCUCAUGUUUGACCGCAGCGAGGUUUACGGCCCCAUGCAGGAUUAUCUGAGGAAACAGGUCGUCCCUCUGUUCAAUUACUACAAGAAUCUGACUGACAACUGGUCCAAAGUACCGACUGGACACAUGGACCAGUACAAUCAGGUGAAUGCGAUCAGCCAGGCUUGUAGGACAGGUCAUGAGGAAUGUCAAACCCUGGUGAAGGGAUGGUUCAAACAAUGGAUGGACACAAAGAAGAACAUGAUCCACCCCAACCUGCGCUCCACCGUGUACUGCAAUGCCAUCGCAGCAGGUGGCGCUAAAGAGUGGGAUUUCGCUUGGUCAGAAUUUAAAAACGCCACCAUCGCUAGUGAAGCUGAAAAACUGCGCUCAGCUCUGUCCUGCACAAAACAACCCUGGCUGCUCAACAGAUACCUUGAGUACACUCUGGAUCCAGACAUGAUCCGAAAGCAGGAUGCCACCUCCACUAUCGUCUACAUCGCCAACAACGUGGUUGGUCAGUCUCUGGCCUGGGACUUUGUCAGGGACCAGUGGUCGUUCAUCUUCAGUCAGUACGGUGGUGGAUCAUUCUCCUUCUCAAACCUCAUCAACGGCGUCACCAAGCGCUUCUCCUCCGACUUUGAGCUGAAACAGCUGCAGCAGUUCAAGGCCGAUAACUCAGAGGUGGGUUUCGGCUCCGGCACCCUGGCAGUGGAUCAGUCCAUCGAGAGAACCAACGCCAACAUCAAAUGGAUCGCAGAGAACAAGGAGAACGUCCUGAAAUGGUUCAGUGUCGAGGCGAUGCUCUGAUGAAGACGUACACUCGCCCCUUUCUUCACAUGUGGUUUCACGUCGAAUCUUUCUGGGAGGAAGAGGAGAUUUUGCACAAUUCAGCUGAAAAAAGUCGAAUUUCAGUGUAUUUCAUAACUUAGCAAAUAAAAGUAAAAUCGGAAAUGAUGUUCGAUAUUUAAAGUUGGAGAGAAGAUGUUUUUGUUGUUUGUUUUAUACUUUUUUUAAAAUCGCAGUUUUAAAUACACUGAAAUGAAAAGAAUUACAGUUUGGUUUAUAAAAGUUUUCUCACCGUUGGAGAUUUUGUGUAACGUCAAAAAGUCUGAGUGUUCUUGUAAAAAAAAUCCUCUUGUUCAUGUCAGCGCUGUAUUUAAUAACAUUAUCUUCUGUUUUCCUGUAAAUUAAAGAGUGGAUGUUUA